AUGGACGGCUGCAGUGGCACAUCGGAGGUACCCGCAAUGGUGGUCGGAGGCGGAGCAGCCGGGACACCGGCUGCGAGUAGGUGGAACCCUACGAAAGAACAGAUAGACAUGUUGGAGAAUCUGUAUAGACAAGGGUUGAGAACACCAACGGCCGAUCAGAUUCAGGAGAUAACCGGUAGAUUGCAAACGUAUGGACACAUUGAAGGCAAGAAUGUGUUUUAUUGGUUUCAGAAUCACAAGGCUAGACAAAGACAAAAGGAGAAGCAAGAUCAUUUGUCAUUGUUCCGGCAAUAUAACCACCAUCAUCGCCACCUUCAUCAACCGCCGUUUGUUCAUAUACCUCCGCCGCCAAACGUGGUCUACGAGCCAUGCUACAUCCAACAACACAAUGUAGGGUUCUAUGUUCCACAAGCUGUAUCACCUAACACCACCACAAGCAGCUCUCUCAACCGACGAUCGCCGCGGUCUGCUAAGCCAAGUUCGGCUGGGUUCGUGUUGAUGCAUCAGCCAGAAAUUGCGGUUGCGGUGGCCGGAGGAAGUAGUAGUAACAUAAUAAACAUUGAACAGGAGGAUAUUGCUACUAGAAAAAACAACAGUCGUCAAGAAACAUUGGAUCUUUUCCCAAUGCACCCAACUGGGAUUCUGCAAGAACCAGUGGAUACUACAAGCAAUGGUGGUUGUCAUGCAUCACGUGCUUGUCUUAUAUAUGUUCGUAUAUUAUAUGUAGUUGAUUAUGUGGAGUUAUGUAUACUUUUAGAUGAUUGA